GCCCAACCGCCAGGUGAGGAGGAGGUCGCUGCUGCCGGUGCGUCGAGAACCGCGUGUCGCACGCUCUUACAACCCCCUUCCCUCUCUCACCCUAUCCUCGCAUAUAACUAUCGCAUUGUCUACUCUCUCGCGAGAACCUUUCCUGCCGUUGUAAGACCGCUAGAAGUUUAGAAUCAAGCCAAGAGGUUAUAGAUGGUUGAAAUAAAGCAGAGGAAGCCCACCGAGUGAGGGUUUGAAUUGGUGUGAGAGGAGGAGGUCCGCAGGUAGUGGAGGCUGCCAAUCACAGCCUCCGCCUCCCAACAUCUCAUUAGCCGGUUAUCGCAGUAAUUGAAGCGAUAUUUAUAAAGAGAUAACGCAGUGAGCAGCUGACAUAGCCAGAAGCAUGGGAGGUAUUCUCAGUGGACUGUGGGGCUGGAUCGUCCCCAACUCUAAGGUGAAGGCGAUGACCUUCCCGGAAGAGGACGACCUUGGCCCUGGCGCAGACGUGGCCGACCCUACCACAGGCCUUACACUACGCCAUCGCACAGCUAUGAUCAGGACCUGGGACCUGGUGCGACCUGACAUGAAGGUCCAUGGUGUCAACUUCUUCCUCAGACUGUUCCAGGAUGAACCAAUCAUACAGACCAGGUUUAAAGGGUUUGCCGGCGUACCAGAGGCAGAGCUGCGUAAGAGCAAGCGUCUUGUUGCUCAUGGUACCACGGUAAUGAUGGCAAUAACUAGCAUGGUGGACAACUUGGAUGAUGUGUCAGUGUUGGUGGAGCUCCUCAAAAAUACAGGUGCCAACCACAAGAAUAGAGGAAUACCCAGGGAAGACUUUGCGAAAUUGUUCCCUGUGCUACUUAAUUUUCUCCGAGAUAGCCUGGGAUCUGCAUGGACACCAAAGGCUGAAGAGGGCUGGAAGCAGGCAUGCAAAGUUAUAAAUGCUGUCAUCGUUUCUGCAUAUGAUAGCCCGUGAUUCACAGCGCUCUUGAGUGCAAACUGUAUUCUAGGUUUAAUGAUUUUGUAUCUAAUAUCCUACCAAAUAUUAUUGGUAUUCUGUAUGGGAUAAUGUACUCAUGUAAUGUUCUAAUAUUAAGUAUGUAUUUAGUAUAAGAAAUAAUUUGAAAAUUUA